AUGCGUCGGCCAUCGCUGGCGGGCAAUGGCCUGAAAAGGCUCCUCUACGGCCCGGCCAACAGCCGUCGUCGCUACGUGACGGACGCUGAUAUCGAGUCGGCAAGAAAAUAUUGUUUGGCGCAGCUUCACAAGAGCGACUACGAUGCGCACCUCGUACGCCGAUUCGUUCCUCCUCCCGUCCAAGACGCCUACGCCGCCCUGCGCAUGCUGAACCUCGAGCUGGUCCGGCUCCCCGAGCUCGUCUCGAACCCGACGAUUGGCGCUUUGCGCUUCAAGUUCUGGCAAGAGUCCAUCGACAAUACGUUUGCGGGCCGCCCCCCUCGCGAACCGAUUUGUAUCCUCCUCCACAAGGUACUGCUCGAGCUGGAAGAGAGAGCCGGGGCCGCUAAGAAGCAGUCGGUCAAGUUUUGGGUCUCGAGAUUGGUCAGGACAAGAGGCAAGCACAUGGAUAACCGCCCGUUUGCAAGCCUGGAGAGCCUGGAGGACUAUGCCGAGAGCACGUACUCGACCAUGAUGUACGCGACGCUGGCGUUGAUGCCUGUCCGGUCGACGCACUUGGAUCACCUCGCCAGCCAUAUUGCAUCGCCUGCUCAGCCGGUCGUGACGCCCUCUGGGGCGGAGGCCCCGAGCACACGGGAACCGAGUCUCCUGCUGCCCUUGGACGUCAUGGCAGAGCAAGGCGUCAAGGAGGAAGAAGUGUUUCGAGAAGGGCCCAAUGCGCAGGGCCUACAAGACGCUGUUUUCAAGGUGGCGACGAGGGCCAACGACCACCUAAUUACGGCGCGCGAGAUGCUGAGGCGGCUGAAGGACGGCGACGACGCGGGCCACGAAUUUGAGCACCAGGGGGAGGUUGAGCACGUCUACGAGCACAACGAGCAGCAGCAUGACUUCUUGGAGUCCCUCGAAAAGGUCAACUUUGACCCGUUUGCCGUGAAGAGUAGCGAUGUCGUCGUCAAGAUGCUCUACGAACUCAUUGCGAUUGUCCGGCCGGGCAACGUCGCCGAGGUGAAGGAGAUCGCCCACACUGUCGGGUCCAUGGUCCUCAGAAAUGGCGGUGUCGUCCGAGGCAUGUCCAAUUGGGGCAUCUUCUCGCUCCCCAAGCCCACCUCGAUCCAUCAGAUGAAGCACACCCACGGUCACUAUUUCGUCAUGCGCUACGACGCCUCGACAAAGGUCCAUCAGGAUCUACGUACCACCCUCCGUCUCGAGCCCCGUAUGAUCCGCUCCGCACAUGUCAAGCUCGGUGACGGCAAGCUCGAGACGCUGUCUAGAUUCAGCGAGCCAGUAUGGAGGGCGCGGGGGGCCGACAUGGUGGAAUGA